GUUAGACACCUCGGUGCCGUGCACGCGCCAACGGUCAUAAUUCUCAUAUGAGCGUGUUGUCUUAUAUAUAUAAACUCCAUUGUAGCUUUCUCAUAAAAACAAAAACAUCUUUAAUCUCUCUGAUUUGUCUGUAAUCGAUUUCGCUAAAGAAAUAACUAAAUCUUUUCUCUGUUUUCCGACAACCCAAGUUUACUUUCCGGCCAAAUAUUCUUGAUUGAUUCAACAAUGGAAACUCCAUCAUCAGCAAGAAGAGUGACACGAUCUCAAACCCUUGCUACCCAGAACGGCAAUGGUAUUCCAAUUUCAAAUUUUGAAAAGGGUUUAUCGAAUUCGAGGCAAAGAAAUGGAAAACAAGAUCGUUCUGUGCUUAUUGAUAUAACCAACGAUUCUCCGAUUGUUGGGUUAGCAUCGGGAAAAUUGGAGACUCCAUUGUCAUCCAUGGCGAAAAAAGCCAUGAAGAACACUCCUGGGUCUGGUGAGGCCUUGCUUAGGGGUCAAGUUAAGACCCUUUUACAGAAAGUUGAAGAAGAAGCUGAGCUUUCGAAACUCACACUCGAAAGCCGCCCUUUUGUUCAUCUUAAGGGACUUGUGUAUUCGCCAGCCGGGCUUCUCGCCCCUACUCCGGUGAAUACACCACAAAUCUUAAAUCUUUCAGGUGGUGAUGAGGUUAACAUGAAUAACAACAAUGGUUUAUCUUCUGAGGCACCUUCUCCCAUUGUAGCAGAACAGUUGGCUUUUCAGGUGGGUGAUGAGAAGGCAGAAGAAAGUUGUAAUGAGUUGCUAAAGAGCAUCAUAACAAGGUCUCUACUCCUAGAUUUUUCAGAGAAAUCUGAUAGCUGUGAAUCUGUGGUGACACAACUAGGAGAUGGGGGAGGAGAAGCAGAGAGCAAAGAAAAAUCAAUACCGGAUGAUGAUAGUUCUUCUAUCUGGUCUACUCAGGUGAAUGCUAGUACUCUUGGCGAGGACGAUGAUGAAGAAGAAGAAGAGGAUUUUGAAGAGGAAGAGGACUAUGAUUUCGAAGAAGUGGAGGAGUUUGGAGAAGAGGAGGAGCAUAAUGAGUUAGUUGAUGAACUGUGUGAUUGUAUUAGCAAAAUAAGUAUGGAUGAGAAGAAAACAUUGCCCAAGUUUGCAGGGAAACGAACUAAGUUUGUGUAUGAUAGUGAUGAUGAAGAUCAGAUUGUUAAGGUUGAAGAGGAGACUUGCGUGGAUUCGGCGGCUGAUGGAGCUUCUUCACCAAGUGUUUUGAGAUUGAAUGGUCUGCCAACUCCUAAGGGGAAGCACCUUAGGUUUCUUGAUGUAGAGAAGGAGAGUAGUGAGGAAUGAGUUUGGUAUUAUUGAAGUGUUUUGUCAUUUACUCGGUGAUUCUUAUGAUUGGGUGGGAUUUAUAAUUUGAUUUUAAAGCCACAAUUUUUGUGGUUGAAUUGGAAUGUUCUUAAAAAUAACACAUUUGAUCAAUGAAAAGCUUCUCUUUUUUGUUUA